ACGCGUUCGUCUACAAACGGCCACACCAAUUUGUCACAUUCUACUUCUCAUGAAAAUUGGCAAAAAAAAAAAAGAAUAAACAACAAGAAAUCAAUUAUUUGUUUUUUCAACGCUAAAAAAGGUGCAAAACGAUAAAAAAUGUCGCGACGCACAAACUUCCUGGAUGGCAAUGAUAAUUUUCGUGAACAGAAUUUGCGUUUUGUUCGGAAUGAAUAUGAGGAUAAUUUAAAUCAGUUCUUUGGUGGAGCUCCUGGCAACAACUCCCAACAUCAACAACAACAACAAAUGCAAGCACCGCCACGGGAUUCUCUAAUUGUGCAACCCACGCCAGGCAAUCGUCGGGGUGUAGUCGGCACUGGAAUCCCAGAGGUGGACAACCGUCGCCAAUUUCUUCGCCAAUUGGGCUUGACUCGGCAACAGGCACGUUCGCUUGUUAAGCGUUCCUUCAAUGUGCCUAACUUCAAUUUGCGCGACUUUCAACGUCGCCGCUAUCGGAUGAGCGUUGAAUUGGGUGACAAACGGCAGAAUGAAGUUGAUGCAAUUGUUAAAAACGAAAUCUAUGAAUUCAUUGCCGCCAAUGAACGCAGGGUCAGACCUCGGACCCCAUCACCGCCAAGGAACAUCAAUUGGAAUGACCAGCCCAAUUCGCCGCCACGACGAUCCAGAAGUGCAAGCAUAGAUGAUCGUUUUCGGGGUCGUUCAAGGGAACGCAAUGAGGAUCGUUUUGAACAAAGACGUAGUCCAGGCAGCGAUCAACAUGAUGGAGAUCGCUGGCAACAGCAGCAGUACCAAAUGCGGGAGCAUGAAGAACAGCAGUUAAUGCGGCAGCGAGAGGAGCAACUAAUACGGGAGCGUGAGGAGCACAUAAUGCGGCAGCGUGAGGAGCAGCAUUUUGAUCACUCGAACAAUCGAAACACCGAUUUUCAAUUCGACAAUCGGCGAAUGCACGAGGACAAUGAGAAUCCGAAUUCUAGGCGACAGCCUGAGCAAUUCGAAUUCGACGGCGACGAUCGCCGUCAUGUCAAUUACAGUCCGCGAGAACGUUUUAACUUUACGGACGAGAAUGAUGACUUAGUCAUGGCUAAUCGGUCUCGCCAAAUGAAUGAUGAUCGCUAUAAUCCAAACCAAAUGCUUGGUAAUCGAGGUCCAGACAAUAGAAAUGACAAUUACGAUGACAGAUUUGAAAGAGAUUUCGAUAAUCCGGACUUUAAUCCGCAUUCUCGCGAAAGGGAUAAUAAUCUCUGUUUACGUGGUGACUUUGAAAGGAACUUAGCUGAAGACCGUAAUCAAGGAUUUCGCAAUGUUCAGUAUGAGUCAGAGUUUCGUGGACCACAAUUGUCACCUCCACCAAGAAAUCUUGAAAGAGCUCCAGCUGCUUCUUUCAACAACAAAGGACCACGUUACCAACGAAUUGUCCAAGUCGAUAACGAUGAAGAUCGAGUUUUUUUGAUUCGGGAUAGUGAUUCUGAGUCCGAUCGUGAUGUUGGCGAACAGCGUGGCAGAUCAAACGAACGGGGAAACUUCAUUGAUGAUCGUCCUCCUGACAGUUAUGAAGACACCAGAUUCAAUAACCAGAAUCAACAACGUUAUUCCCAUUCCGAUGAAGAGUUCCGACGUUCCGGUGAUUUCCGUCAAAACUUUGAUGAUCAGCGUUCCAAUUUUUCCAUUCCAAAUAAUCCAAUGGAACAGCACCGACAAGGACGUAACUUUAUUAACCAUUCGAAUAUUCCGGAUGAGAUUCAAAAUCGCCAACUUCACCAUCGAGAUGGCAAUGAUUUCCAACGCGAUCAAAUUAUGCCCAACUUUUUACCAAGGCCAGGAAGUAAUCAAAUGAUGAAUAUGCAAGGACCAGAAGGAGGUGGAGGAGGCCGACGAAUGCCACUUGAUGGCAACCGUAUUCAACAAAGAGUGGAACAACGGGACCAGCGUAUGCCAAUGCCCUUAAAUACGAAUCGCUACCAGACCAAUAGAAAUGUUGCUGAUUUCCAAUCGGGGCAAAAUCAAUCCAAUCUUAAUAAUCGCAUCGGUUCCGGUCAACAAUUUGACAGAAUGAACCGACCAAACCCAGUAACGGCCACAAUAACUAGUCAACAAGCUAUUGGAAGCAGUCUACCGCCAGCUAUUGCAAGGAUUAUCAAUAAAAGUCGUAUGAUGGGAGAUGGAAGAUCUGCGAUGAUCCAAGCACAAGCCAAUAAUUUGCCCCUCGCCGCGGAUCAAUCCCAGGCCAGGAGAACCAUAACCAACAGACGUCAAAAUCAAGUUGGAAAUAGAAGUAAUGCUGGACCCCCGAUGGCCCAGCAAGCCAGGAAUCCGCGUUCGUCUGGCGCGCAAGGCCAAGCCAGGAAAACGAUUACCAAAAAUAAUCAGAAUCAAGUUGGAAAUAAAGUCAACAUUGCACCGCCAAUAGCCAGAAACCCAGGGCAAAAGUCUGUGAACAACGAUAACGCUCCACGCACUGGCCAAAAACGAGCCGGUGAUCCGCCUGCGCGGUCUCGUCAAACAACGAACGUUGAGGCUAAGCAACGAAAGAUUGCUGGAAAGCAAGACUUUCGCAUAGCUGGCUUCAAGUUUCCGUACAUUCGGAAUAGUGUGAACCGAUUGCCACAGCCCGAGUCUGAGUCUUAUGCUUUAACGUUCUUUGAACAGAAACCAGAUUAUUACACCAACUAUCUAACGGACUCUGUUGGCGAUGACGAAUCAGUGAAUGUCGACACCAAUGACGACGACGACGACGAUGAAGUGGAGGACGACGAUGAUGAUGAUGAUGACAAUGGCGGUAAUAAAAAUGUGGCUAACAAAAACACAAAGUAUGUGGGUGUUAGAAAAAGACGAGCCAACAAAAAGAAAUUCCAAAAACGACUGCAGCGCGAUUGGACUGAAUUAUACAGGAAUAAGAACUACAAAGAUUGGUUACCCUGGUGGACCGAUUAUAAAUGGUGCGGAGUAGAAAUCGAGAAGCAGUUGGGAACCUUCAAGAAUAAGAGUAUCAAAUAUCGUUUCAUUCCGAGCUAUCCGAAUGCCACCACGGAACAGGUGGUUAAUAAUGUCCUUAAAUGUGCUCACAUGGCAUUGGAGAAAAAUCUGUUCAACCAUUACCGCAACAUGCGGACGAUCUUUCUACUGAUGAAUGAGAUUUUCUUGGAAAAUCUAAGCAUGGAAAAUGUUGAGCAACUGCAGGAAAUGAUACGUAACAUACCCAAUCAUUUGUGGCUCUUUAAAAUGCGAAGUAUGGUCUAUUUGUGGCACAAGCAGUACACCAUUAUCGAGAAGGGUAACCCAGACGCUUCUGAUGUCGUUGGUAGACAAUGGAAGAAUCCUGUCUUUCAUUGGCUGGCCAAACAGGCCUUUGACGAAUUGAAGAGCAUCAGCGAAAAAACCUGGCCCAGGCACAAGGAUCUUUUUAACACUUUGAAGAGCAAAUAAAACAAAACAAUUUUACAUUUUGAAAUAUUAAGCGAAACUCAUGUAAAUUUAAAAAUAAAUCCUUGGAAAAAGGGAUAGCCAAUAAAAGGCAAAUGCCAAAGGCCUAAGA